AUGUCUAGUAAGGAAAGGUACAACUAUUUUUGCACGUUUACUCCCGAGGGAAAGAUUCUUCCAAUUGAGGGAGUCAUUCGGUCGACAGAGCAUGGGAGCUCCUGUGUUGCUGUUCGCAACAAAAACAUGGCUGUGAUUAUUGCCCAGAGAACAGGAAAAAAUGACAAGUUAUUGGAUGGCCAGAGUAAAAUAAAGCAGAUUGACACAAAUCUGAUCUAUGUAUAUGCUGGUGUAACAAACGAUGGGAUGAAGUUCCAGAGCACCUUAAGAAAUGAGAUACAGCUUGCCAACUAUAAAUACGGCACGUCUCUUCCUAUUUCUCAUCUAAUCGAGCCCCAACAGUUUAACAGUGCUCUUGAAAUAAUGCGCUAUGGAAGGCGUGCCUCUGGUAUUUCUGUUAUUCUUGCUGGUAUAGACAAAGGAAGAAUCUCUGUGAUAGAAAUGGGGCCUACUGGCGAGGCUAUUCCGUGCUUUGGCUCGUGCAUCGGGUCAAGAGCACAGUCUGCCAGAACUAUUUUAGAGUCACAUGAAGGAAAUAUUACAGAUCUGUCAAAUGAGGAUCUGCUUUCUCUUGGUCUUAAUGCCUUUAAAAAUGCAGUAAAUGACCAAGAAGUAAUUGAAAAUGGACAUUUUGACAUUUGCACGGUCUCCCUCACUGAAGGUGUAAAGUUUAUCCCAGGAUCUGAGGUAGAGGCAUCUUCUAUGUAAU